ACUGAAUUGAACGCGUCGGUACACAAAAUAAGAUCAUUAUCUUCGCAUGGGGGGCGUGGUCUGUGUUGGAAGACUAACCAUUCCACAAUCAUUUAAAACCCUUAUUAGCACCACACACUUCUCACUUGUCGUCGAAAGUCAACUAGGAAAGGGAGCAUCCUAACCAAUCCAGACCUACAAACAUCUUUUCUUUUUGUAAAAAAAAUUACAAAGUCGAUCACAAUGUCUGAUAGGAUGGCCAAGUUUAAAGCUGGAAUGCCCAAGGAUGCUAUUGAAGCCUUGAAACAAGAGUUCAAAGACAACUAUGACACAAACAAAGACGGCACCGUUUCUUGUGCAGAGUUGGUUAAAUUAAUGAACUGGACUGAAGAAAUGGCUCAGAACAUAAUCGCGAGACUCGAUGUCAACAGUGACGGCCAUAUGCAGUUUGACGAGUUUAUAUUGUACAUGGAAGGUUCAACCAAAGAGCGUUUGUACAGUUCAGAUGAGAUUAAACAAAUGUUCGAUGACCUCGACAAAGAUGGCAAUGGGAGGAUCAGCCCUGAUGAGUUAAACAAAGGAGUCAGAGAGAUUUAUACUAAGGUGGUUGAUGGUAUGGCCAAUAAAUUAAUCCAAGAAGCAGACAAGGAUGGCGAUGGUCACGUCAAUAUGGAAGAAUUCUUUGACACACUUGUGGUGAAAUUACCCAUAGGCAUGGGUCCUUGCAAGGAUGAGGAAUAUAGAGAAUAUUAUAAAAACGAGUUUGAAAAAUUUGACAAAAAUGGCGAUGGCAGCUUAACAACAGCAGAGAUGAGUGAGUUCAUGAGUAAAAGCACCAAAUAUUCCGAUAAGGAGAUUGAAUAUUUGAUUAGUCGGGUCGAUCUUAACGAUGACGGACGUGUGCAGUUUAACGAGUUCUUCAUGCAUCUGGAUGGUGUGAGCAAGGAUGAUAUUAAACUACAAUUCAUGGCCAUCGACAAAGACAAGAAUGGGAAGAUCAGGUAUGAUAGACAAAUAUAACAAGUUUUUGUUCCGUUUUUUUUUUGUCUGUUGCUGUUUUCAUUAUUUUGAUACUCUUUUUUUUUCUCUAUAAGCCUUGACGUGUUAGUUUUUGUUUGAUAAAUUUGUUAUUAAAAAAGGCCCCAAACAUUUUACAGCUUGAAUUGUUUCGGAUAAUGGGGGGGGGGGGGGUGAGAAUCUUAACGAAUGGGGCAUUUUUUUUAAUUAGUGCACGCCUAGUUACCAGGAAUGCGUAAAAGCAUUUCAUUUAUUUAAUAGAGGAUAAAAGAAUAUUGCUCACGGGCAUAGGUGCCGCGGCCGGGAUCGAACUCCAGACAUUCCAUGGGCCUUUUCACACGAGAAUCUUGAAUCAUCAUUGUAAUGAUGAUAGCAAUUCGUCUUUAGAAUAAUCGUACCGUUCACACGUUCACUAAAAUCUGUGAUUUGAAUUCGAAUUCCUGAGCGAAAGCGGUAUUGGGCGAUUCCACACUAGAACUUCAAAAAUAUCAUAAAUUUCAACAUGCUUUCAAUAAGUCAUAAGUAAUGUUAUAUUUUACUAUGAUACCUAAAUUUUAUGAAAAUUAUGAGUUUUAACCAAAAGUGAAAUCAGAUAUAGUUUUUUUUGGGGGAACAACUGAAUUUUCAAUUUUCAAUAAUUUUGCUAAUUAAAUAGUCAAGUACAAACACUGCCUGAAACAAUUAUUGGCAAAGUACGAGAAGAUUGAAAAUACUGCAGGUCAAUGGAAUAAUGUAUCAUUGAUGGUUCCAAAUAAUAUCUACCACAUUUUCAUGAUCCAUAAUAGGGGCAGCCCUGAUUUUUCCGAACCUGUAUUUGGCAAUGUCCCGUACGACACAUAAAAAUGCAAAAGUUUAUCCUACAAUUUUAUUUUUGAUGAUGCAAUUUCACAAUAUCAGUUUCUCUUUCUUUGACCUAUAGGUGAUCGAUUUAUCCCAUAAGGAUCUAAUCACUGCCCCUCAUUUUUCAAUAAUUGUCCAAUUAAAAGUUGUCCCGUACGACACACAAUAUAUAUUGCAUUUAAUUACAGGAUUUUGAUUCAGAAACUAUAAAUAGUAGGCCUAUUUUAAUUCAAGUAAUUGAUUUGACAUAAAGUGAACUGAAAAAAUACUUUUUUAUCUCCAUAGAACAUGAAAUAGGUGAUUCUAACCAUUUUAAUUGAUUUCAUGAAAGUGUAUUCUUUUGUGAAUCCCUUCAGCUAAACUGGUGAUUUUCACUGGUCAGAGCAGGUUAAUUUCUUUGUCACUGAGCAUGAAAAGAAAACCUUUAUAACUGAUUCACCCUAGCCUGGAAGAUGACUUCCUCUUGCAUGCUAAUAUGGGAUUAUUAUAAGAUGUAAAAAAAAAUACAUAUCAAUCAACUUAUUUGGACUUCCCUUGAUGAUCACAAUUUUUUUAAUAUACAGUAUUGAAACUCCUUACUUUUUUCAAGUUGUAAAAAAAUCUGGAAAAUAAGACAAAACAUGUUGUUAAAAAAAAAUCUGGAAAAUAAGACAAAACAUGUUGUUAAAAAAAAAAUCUGGAAAAUAAGACAAACCAUAUGGUUUCAUGAAAUGCAGAAAGGUUGAAAAAGUAAAACCGCAUUUCUUUAGAAAAAAAUAUUUUGUGGAAUUACAAGUGACAGUUGUGACAUAUAUAAUGUAUAUAUACAUUUUAUAUGAAAAAUUAUAACAUUUUAGCCCCAUAAUUUACACAAACAGUUUCAUUCAUUCAUUGAUUAAAUAUUGUAUUGGAAAUCAUCAAUUAAUUCACUAAAAUAUACAUGUAACUUCACACAAAACCUCAGGUUUUUCAGCUCGUGAAAAUGCUGCGAACCCUUGUACAUUUCCCAUCAUGAAAAAAAAAUGAUAACAUAUUGCUCCCGAUUGUAUAUAUUGAGGUUACUUAAUUAUAUUGUCCUGAAUGACUACUUAUUAAAAGACUUUUCAUUAAAAGGGAAGAAUUUAGGGGCAAUGCUCCCCUUCUGAUUGAUAAAAGUUAAUUGUUUUAUUCAGACUGCCCAUUACAAAACGCAAGUGCCUGUACAACACACAAGUGUCCCGUACGACACACAAAUGUCCCGUACGACACAGAAGUGUCCUGUACGACACACAAGUGUCCCGUACGACACAUUAUUUUGUUUAUGAUAUAUUGACAGAAAUAUUCAGCAAAUUGCUGUUUCUAACAUAAUGAAUGUCUUUAGAUUGAUAGGACUAUCAUUAUCAUCAGCCAAAUAAAGUGAUUGAAGAAGUCAAAGAGACAUAAAGUAAGAAAGUUUGGCUUCAAUUUAGAGAUGUCCCGUACGACACAUUUUGAGUGUCCCGUACGCCACAAUGUUCUCGAAUAUUGUAAUUUGCUUUAUUUAUUCAUGAAUGUUUAUUUUGCUUUCUUCCAUAGAUGUGUUUGUUCUUGGGUAAUUGAAUAUCAAUUUGAGUUCAGUUUCUAUGAAAAUUAUCUGUCCAACUCACAGACUUUAGAGUACAAACUUGAGGUUUCGAAAAAAGGCAACUUUUCUGCGUCCGUACGACACAUUACUAUUUUAAAUCUGUAUUAUACGGGAUGUAAAUUCAAGUCAUGUUAAAUCUUGGUUUUUCUAACACUCUUAUAGUACUUGAUGAUCACCUUUAGUUACUGGAAUAUUUUUUGUUUUUCUUGUCAAAAAACUGUCAAAUGUUCUCUAAAUGUCCCGUACGACACGUAUGGAAUCACCCUAUUGUGUCUUUGACGCCCUGUUCCUGGAACGCCGUGUGCGGCGCUCUUCACAUCUUAAGCUUUUUCGGAACAUUUCAUUUACUUUCGUUAACAGAAUCUUUGUCGUCACUAAAUAACGCUCGUUUUUUAUGUUGGCAUUUUUCAUUUUUUGGGGGAAAUACAUGGAUACAACAAUUAAUGGUUUAACUUACAUAUCACUGACUUGAAAUUAAAAAAGUUGAAACUGAUUAC